GGUCCACCAUGUUUUCCUGGUCAAAAUGGCAACAUCCUGCUUUCCAGGAAUAUCAUAAAACCGAGAGCAUCUCUUGUCCAAGAUGUCGAUCGUUAAAGUGACGCGGUCCAGCUGAGCGACUACACGCUAUGUGAACUAUCACUUGUUCUGCUGUGCUAUUUAUACAAAUUGGUCACUCUGGUGUUUGUUUCAAGAAAUUGGUCAGCUUGAAGAGCUAGGUGUGUCAAGGCCGCAUGUUUUCAUCUCUGCGCGCCUCCUCCAAGAAACGGGACAGCGAUGGCAUCUCGGCGUCGUCGGGGGCCUCCAGGAGCUCGGACGCCAAAGGGAGAACCACGUCCUUCUCCCUGUCCCGCCUGUUGCCGCUGCGACGACGCUCCAAGUCGCGCACCAGUCUGGACUCUGAGCUCUCCCGCUCCGACAAUGGGGGUGUGUGUUCGGGACUAGGCUCGUCCCCGUUCCCGGGCGGGGGGGCUGCGUCGAGGAACUCUCCCCCUCUGCCGCUGUCCAGCGUGGUGUACUUGAGCCACAGCUACAGCAGUAUGGGGGCACAGGGCGGCCGGGAGCAAGGCGAGGGGCAGACCAACUCAGACGGAGUUCUCUCCUCACCCGCUGAUGUCCCGAAGGACGGACCGUCGGAGAGUGCUUCCUCUGAGCUGGCGCCCAGCAGUGUGGACAGGAAGGUGGAGAUGAUCGAGUGCCCCGUGUGUCUGAUGGAGAAAGCCAAGAGCUGCUUCCUGGAGAUCUCCACCUGCCACCACCGCUGCUGCUCCAAGUGCUUGAAGGAGUACUUCAAGAUCGAGAUCAUGGAGUCGCGUGUGGCCAUCGCGUGCCCCGAGUGCUCGGAACUCUUCCACCCCAACGACAUCGAGGCGAUUGUGCAGGACGCCGGUCUGAUGCACAAGUACCAGGACUUCAUGCUGCGCCGUGUGCUGGCCAUGGACUCCGACACGCGCUGGUGUCCCGCCCCGGACUGUGGAUUCACUUUCGCUACGACAAAGCGUCGAGACACAAGCGGAACCUGGCGAUCACAGGGGGCGUGGCAGCCUCCAUCCUGGCAGCUCCGGUGGUGGCAGGGCUAGCUGUGGGUGACAACCACAGCCUGGAGACAGCUCCCAACGUGGCCAACCCCAGCAUCGCUCCCAGCAUCGGGGACGCCAGCCUAGGAAUGACCAACAGCCUGAGUGCCAGUGGCAGCCACAUGGAGAGAGCGGGCGUGCUAAGAGACGACAGCGACCGCGACUCCUCCAGCCACCGCGCCAUCGCCGGGAACAGCAUCAACGGCAGCCUCUGUAGCGCCACCUACAGCGCUCAGCAUCACAAACUAGAGGUGCGAGCAGACGUGUCGGAGCACACGGGCCAGUGUGAGCGGUCGAGUGUCGGCGGAGAGUCGUACAACGUGUCGCUCACAGACGACGCUAGUACCAGGGCGCUGGCCGGGUCGAUCAUCUCUCCCAAGGACAAGGAUGGCAUCUCCCUGUGCUCGCGACACUUCGAGGCGCCGCUGGUCUACCCGGAGGAGUCGGGCAAGGAGGGGGAGGGGGAGGCAUACGGGGGGAGCGGCGGGGGGCGGGGGAGCUCAUCCUGCCCCACCUCCCCACACCUGCGCAAGGCCAGUCCCGCCCCCUCGGAGGAGGCGCGGAGUGGGCGCAGCAAGAAGUGUACGCGCUUCAUGGACCAGGUGUCGGAGAUCGAGUCCCGCGGGGACUGUGUCAGCCUGGGCUCUGUCCUCAGCACACACAGCGAGAGCAGCAGCAGCGGGGGCUCUCCGUCCUGUGAGGGGGUCGUCGCCACGGUGACCGUGACUUCCUCCGUGGUGGGCGGCGGGGGGGCGUGCUCCAGUCUGUCGCUGGCCGUGUCCCCAAGCGAGGAGGACGAGGAGAAGGAGGAGAUCGGUGGAGGGGCGGCCGCCGCCCUGGCCAGUUGUGAGAGUCUACUGAGCGAGGGCCGGGCGGCCAACGGGGCCAUACGCAGAACCACCAGUCUGGGCAACGGCUGUGGAGUGAAGGCUGAGUCGACCAGCGUGUUGCUAGACGGGGCGGACUCGCGGCGCUGCGAGAUGGGAGGCGCCCGCCGCAAGAGUGAACGCAUGUACCGGGACGAGUUGAGCUCUGUGGGCCGUCCGUUCAUGGGGCCGCACAAGAAGGGUGGCGGGCCGCGCGACAAGGAGCACCGGUCGCAGCCAGGCAAUCUGUCAGACAUCUCGGAAAUGAAGGGCAUGCCCGCCUUGCACACCGCCGCCUGCUCCGAUCUCCUGGCCGUGGUGGACGCCAGCUGUGACAACGUGUUCCUGGACCGCCCCGCACACACCACCGCUCGCAUACCCUCCUCCUCCUCCUCCUCCUCCUCCUCCUCUUCCGACCAGCCCACAGACUCCCAUCCCCAUGGCGUGCAACGUAGAGCGUCCUCCCCCGGGGAACCAACGUCAGCAAGUUCGUCGCGAGAGCCGUUGUAUCCCGCCCUGACCCGCCCGGACUCCCACAGUAACGACGGGCACACGUGUACGCGGGACGAUGCGUUUGUGAGUGCGUCGUCGUGCGACGUCAGUGUGUCAGACAUGAAGAUCGACCUUCUGGACGGCCCGGAUGGUCAUCUGUCACCGCCCCCGGCCCCAGAGGCGGCCUCUGUCCUGGCGACGUCGUCGGAGGACAACACCGGCCCGUGUGGUGCUGAGGUGACAGCGGGCGAGUUUGUGGGCGGGGCGAGCGUCCGUCUGUGCCAGCUAUCCGCCCUGGUACACGAGGCGUCGGCCGCCGGCCCGACAGACACGGCCCAAGCGGGGGCCAGAGACUGGUGCUUUUCUCGCCGGACUAACAUCGGCCAGGUGUCAGCCCGCCCGGCUGUGCCCGACGUGGAGCGCCCUGUCAGCCAGCCGGGGCCGGUCGCCGUGGAAACAGACGCUAGUCGGGUGACCUCUGCCCCGACCCCCUCGGACCGGCCGGGCUCACAGAACUGUGUGGGUCGGAGCAAUUCGUUGAACGCGUCGACCGUCGCCGCCAAGAGAACAAACUGUCGCACCAACUGUCAUUCCAGGCCUCCCUGCCAGCACCCGCACACAGACCCGCACACUGCCCCACACACAGCCACACACACGGACCCACACACAGACCCGCACAUUUCUUUGCCCGUCGCACAGGGCCUGCCCCCCACCACCCACACAACCAACAUUUCCUUCUCUCCAUCCGACCAGGAACAUUGGCCCUCAGACACGGAGGAAAUGUGACAAAAUACUUCACAACUUUACAAGAAAUGUAACAAAAUACUUCACAACUCUACAAGAAAUGUAACAGAAAUAGUUAACGACUCAACAAAAAAUGGAAGAGCAGAAGAAAGGAAUGUGGACUUGUUCCGCCCGUCAAGAGGAAGUCAUCUGUCCCGCGACUGGCUCACGCCCGGCAAUCUGGAACUGGAGAACCUUAGUACGUUGGAGAACCUAACUAUGUACACGCUGCAGGGAGACAUGUCCCACAUCGCCGAAGUUUCGGAACAAACAGUGGGUGCAGUAAGUUCUAGACAAACAGUGGGUGAAGUAAGAUCUAGACAGUUGGUGAAGUAAGUUCUAGACAAACAGUCGGUGAAGUAAGUUCUAGACA